AGCCAAAAUCUGAAAAAAUAGUGUAAUAUCAAGGGUUUUUGCUGAUUCAUUGAUUAUACACUUCACAACAGGUUAUCAUUCCAUUUCAAGAAGAAGAAGAACCAGAAAAAUGCCGUGCCUUAACAUUUCUACCAACGCCAACCUUGACGGCGUCGACACUUCCUCCGUCCUCUCCGAAGCCACCUCCGCCGUCGCUAAACUCAUCGGAAAGCCUGAAGCUUAUGUUAUGGUGGUGCUUAAAGGAUCAGUGCCAAUGGCAUUUGGUGGAACUGAGCAGCCUGCAGCAUAUGGUGAACUUGUCUCUAUUGGUGGCCUUAAUCCCGACACCAACAAGAAAUUGAGUGCUGCCAUUGCCUCAAUCCUCGAGACCAAGUUGUCUGUUCCCAAGGACCGUUUCUUCCUCAAAUUCUACGACACUAAGGACCAUCCAAUUCAAGAACAUGCACAGUGUUUGCAUGCUUUACACCAGUGCUAGCCAAUAGAACAUGGUUCCUUUUUUGGCUGGAAUGGUUCGACCUUCUAAAUGCAUGUACGGUUGAAGGAUAUUGCUUACAUCUACAACUCCCCCUCCAGCUGAAGCCGUAUCAUGGAAUUAAUUCUGUAGAAGAAUAUUAUCUAGCCCUGUGGCUUAAUUAAUGAAGACAAUGUAAUUAACCUUGCCUUCAUAUCGGAACAUCUAUUAUGCAGUUGCAAAUGUUAGUAUUUUACCCCUUUUAGUCGUAUCGUUGUCUUAUACAACUUUUUUGACUGAAUCCGUUGCCACUUCAUAAACUUGUGAGAAAGAAAAUUCUUGUGCCGAAA